AUGAGCAGCGGCAGUGCCAGCGGCAGGAGGACGAGAAAGCCGGCCUGGGCUUCCACUGGCUGGAGCGCUGGAUGGCCGCGACGCAGCGCGCAGCAGCAGGAGCACGCGCCCGACCACGCCAAGGCGAACCAGAGCACCACCACCAGGACGACGUCCUACGUCACAGCGGCCGCUGCUUUCCCGAACGGCAUGUCGGAGAAGACGGUGGAGAUGGAGACGACGUCCCGGAGCCCACUGACCCAGGCCGCCACGGUUGCGCACGGGCGGCCACCCGCGAUCCCACGUUACAUGGCCGCGACAAGGUCCGCUCGAGCCAAGGCGCGUCCCGUGCCGCCGUCGGCUACACCGACGCACGCCAGGAGCCGGUCCGGCGGCGGGCUAGCCGGAGACACGUCGAGCUCAGGCCAGAACGGCAGUGCAAUCGCCGGGUACAGCCCGGACUCGAGCGGCACAGGGGACUGGACCCCGCCGCGGUUCGGUGUCAGCACGCGCACCAGCAGCAGCAGGGUGGCCUAUACAUGA